UCAAUCAUUCAAUGAUCGAAUAUGUUCUUUGGAACAAUCUGUCAAUAAUUUUAAGUUGAUUUUUAACUUGUUUUGAACUGGAAUUGUAACUUGUUUUGCUUGCCAAUUGGCAGUAUUUACCAACUAAUCCAUUAAUUUGGAAAGUAAACAUUAUUAAACAUUUAAAAUCGAGUUUAAAUGUCACAGUUAUGAAUAAAAACUACGAACGGUGUUCCCAUUGUACUCGACGUAAAUGGCUUGCUACAGGUUGUCUUCGCAAGUGGCUAAAACCUAAUGGCUUGGAAUGUAAACAUUUACAAAGAAGUAUUGAUAACAAGAGGGAUUUCAGCAAUACUGAUAUCGUAAAUAGUGUUUUUUUACCCGACCGUAAGCCAACUAUGAACACAAAUAAGUUUGUAAAAUUUUGGAAAAAUAAAUUAUUCCUCACUGGCAGUGUCAGAUCUCUACAAAGAUAUUUUGGCAACAAAAACAACGCUGGUGAAUAUGCGUGCAGUCUUAAUAAGGUCAAUGACCCAUGUACAUCAUCUGACAAAAGAUUAGGCCCUGUUGGCUAUGAAGGUAAAAAGGAUGAUAUAAAACAAUACACAAGAUGUCAGCAUUCUAGAGAAGGGCAUCUAGUGCUUCGUGGCCAUCAUCAACAUGCAUCUCUUGAAACUUGUGCAAUAUAUUGCCAAUUAUCAAAGCAUGGGUGGUACUGGGGAGGCAUUACAUCAAGUGAGGCUGAAGAGUUACUAGCUGGACAGCAUGACAAUGUGUUCUUAGUAAGAGAUUCAUAUGACUCUCGCCACAUACUGUGUGUUUCAUUUCGCUGUGUUGGCAGAACCCUCCAUGCUCGACUGCGACAUGCAAAUGGACUUUUUUCUCUUAACAAUGAAACAUUUGUACCAGUAAAUAGAAUAUCAGAACAUUGUGCCGCCGUUGAUGUGAAAUCAAAUUUAUUUGAGAUGCCAGUAAAAUUAGCAAGACCUUUAAAUAGGUUUGCAAAAUUGGACUCUUUGCAAAUGAUCUGCAGAUUUGUUAUUCGUCAGACAGUUUCAGCUAAUGUAUGGCACAUGUUGCCUCUGCCACCAAACCUGAUUUCAUACAUAGCUGGGGGAAGUGACUACAUAGUGCCCUCAUAGCUAAUGUAUAGUUAUAUUAUGUGCCUUAAUAAUUGUGUAUCUAAAUUGUAAAUGCAUGUUUGUUUAUAGACUGUCAAAUACUAUUGAGUAGACAUAUUUCAUAUUCAGGGAAGAAAUAAAGUAAUUGAAUAACAAAUAGUACUAAUUAAACACUGGACUGGGUACCUAUGCCAAAUACAAUAGAAACAAUUAUAACAUGCCUGAUUAUUUGUGUACAAAUAAUAUUUUUUCCUGAAUAUGGUAUAGUAGCAUAAGGCAACAAAUUAAUGGUCUCCAUUAUAAUUCAGAUAAAGUUGGUUGCCUUAUGUAGGUACACUAUGUUAAAUAUUUUAAAUUUUAUACAGAUGCAUAUUUUAAUUAAAAAAAUAAAAAUUAAAAUCCUCUUUUAUACUUUUUCCAAUCACAAUUUAUUAAUAGUAACAGCUUGACAACAAAUUGUUUAUUAACAACUGCUUAAUAUAUUUGCAUACUGAAUCUUGAGACAUAAUUCAAACAGAAAUAUAACUGCUUCUAUCACAGACUUGAUGAAUGGCAAAAGUAUCUAGUUUAGUUAUUUUAUUGUACAUGGCCAAAAUGCCUAAUCUCUCAGUGUAUUUUUGUUUUAGUUUAUCAUGUAAGCCAAUACUUAUCUAAUCAAACAAAGAAUAAUAUGCAAUUUUAACAAGUUUUUGUACCUUCAUAAAUCACAUAUCUAUUAAUAUAAUAAAUAAUUGUCAAAAUC